AUGGGGCAGCUCGAGCCACGUGGAACCAAGAACUCACAUCCGAGUUCGCAAGGCUUUGGAGAGAUAAAAAAAGACCUCAGAGAGAUAAGAGGUGUAGUGUUAACUGAAGCUGCAGAUGCGGAAAAGAGUAUUCGCGAAGCUCUACAGAAUUUGCCAUUCAAAAAAUUGCUCUCCGGAUCACAAAAGAAACAACCAUGGCAUCGAGAAGGGAAAUGGAAAAAAUUAUCCACGACUUCUACUCUGACCUCUUCGACUGCAGUGUCCGGUUGCCACCAUCUUAGGGAAAACGACAUGUCAUUCUAG